AACCCAACAGCAUUUGUGUCUUGUACUGUUGUUUCUUUUGCUUUCUUCUUCUUCAUUAUAACAACACCACCACCCAUACCUUUCCCAUUCCAUUCACACACACAAAAAGUCUCUCUAAAAUGGUUCCCAACUUCACCGGUGGCGUUCACGACGGUGGAACCGGCCGUGAAACCAAACCUAUCUGAAUCCCCACCACCACCACCCACUUUCUAAAACUGUAUAAAAAUCAAAUCUUUGAACCACCCUUGUUUCAAAUUAUUAUGCUAUGUUCCUUUUUCAGUGUUUAAAAUCAUGGGCUUUCUUGGUUUUCUAGCUUGGCUCUAUAAACAACUCUAAUAGUAUCUUCUAUGGGACCAACCAACCUUCUUGGUGGUCCAAAUGGUUCAAAAGAAGUUAUCUGGUUUUGACUUUUGGAAGUGGAAAUUGUAAUCUAGGAAUAGAAAGUUUAUGUUUGAUUGGUUUUUUUUCUAUGAUAUUCAUGAUUUCGGCUACGAAAUUUUGUUGAUUUCGGAUAUCAAUCGAUCAAUCCUUCUUAAUAUCAGAUAGAUCUGGUAGAGUGUUUGGCUUCACCGUGGGGCAAAUCUCCUUUGGCAAUAUAGCUUCCGAGCUUCUCGAUCUCGGAAGAGGCAAAUUUAGUAGCUACUAUCUGGAAAUUACUUAUGUUUGAAGAUUCUUCGGUGUUGGGCAAAUCUCCUUUGGCAAAAGUUACUUAAUUUUCUGUAUCUUGAUUCUUAGUUCUUACUAGUUUUGAAACCCUUACUUUCGGUGAAAUUUCCAGUGCGAACUGGGCAAAUCUCCUUUGGCAUUUCGGAGUCGUAAUAGACUCCAGUUAUCCCCGUCGGGCAAAUCUUCUUUGGCAUUAAAGUUCCGGUUUCGGUGAUCAAAAGAAACUGGUUUAGUAUCUGUAACAAGUAUCGGUAUCAAUCAGACGCGUUUUGUUUUGUAUACAAAAUAUCGUCUUUAGUCAAUAUUGACUCAUCUGUUGUGGAUUGCAAUACGAACCGUCAUCGGUCGUUAAGCUUCUAUUUGCUUGAAAAGAUAUAUAGUUGAUGGAAGCUCAAAUGACUGAUUCGGAUUGGGAGACUUCGAGCGAGAGCAGUGGCAGUGAUGAUCAAGAGGAUAUUGAUUUUCUAUAUGGUGGCCAAGCUCAGAGCAUAUUGUCUAGUUUAGAGGAAAGCAUUGGGAAGAUCGAUGAUUUUCUCUCAUUUGAGAGAACAUUUGCUUAUGGCGAUGUCGUCCGUUCCUUGUCAGACACGUCUGGACAGAUGGGGAGGGUCGUUGGUGUGGACGUGACGGUGGAUUUGGAAAAUGUUCGAGGAAACGUAGUAAAAAACGUGAACUCCAAGAAACUUCUGAAGAUUCGUUCCAUUUCGGAAGGUGAUUGUGUGGUCAAAGGGCCGUGGAUUGGUCAGGUUCAAAGGGUAGUGGACAGGUUAACUGUGUUGUUUGACGAUGGGACGAAGUACGAUAUCACUACCUUGGAAAAAGAUAAGAUUUUACCACAAACUCCAAAUUUUCUUGAAGAUUCGCAGUAUCCGUACUAUCCAGGGCAGAGAGUGAAAGUUAAGUCCUCGGCCGGUUCUAAAUCGGCCAGAUGGCUAUGUGACAAUUGGAGAGAGAAUCAUGAUGAAGGAACUGUUUGUUCCGUGGAAGCAGGUUUGGUUUAUGUUAAUUGGGCUACGUCGAUUCUUCUGGGUUCUAAUUCGAACGUGAAUGCUCCUCCCGCGCGCUGGCAAGAUUCCAAAAACUUGACCAUGUUGUCGUGUUUUUCGCAUGCAAACUGGCAACUCGGUGACUGGUGCAUGCUUCCAGCUGCAGACCAAAAGGAACAGAAUGAAAAGACGAUACGAGAUUCACCUGAUUGUUAUCUUCCUAAUAAGCAUAGUAUGGCUAGAGAAUAUCGGAGAAGAAACCUUAACUCUAGCGUGGAAGAAUUGUUUGUUAUCGGUAAGAUAAAGACCAAAGUCGAUAUUAUUUGGCAAAACGGCGAAGUUACUUUGGGGUCAGAUUCUCAGAACUUAAUCCCUGUGAAUGUCGUAAACACUCAUGAGUUUUGGCCUCAUCAGUUUGUGAUGGAAAAAGGUACUUCUGAUGAUAAUGAUGAUAAGCAUAGCAAUCAAAGAUGGGGCGUUGUUCUAUCGGUCGAUGCAAAAGAGCAUACCGUAAACGUACAAUGGAGAACAGUUCCGACAUCUGAGCCAAAUGAUAAUGAUUUGGUUGGAGAACCAACAUUGGAAACAGUGAGUGCGUACGAACUUGUAGAACACCCGGAUUUUUCCUGUUGUUUUGGUGAUAUUGUGUUCAAGACGGCUCAAAAGCAUGUUGAUGGUUACCGAGCUGAGAAAAAUAGUGCAAAUUCAAUGAGUGACUUGAAUGUAGAAGUUCCUCUCAUAAAACUGAAUCAAAUCAACAACUACCAGAAUAAGUCCAAAGAUAACUGUCACCUAUCCUGCAUCGGCAAUGUUUCUGGUUUCAAAGAUGGUCUCGUCGAGGUGAAAUGGGCUACUGGUUUAACGACUAAGGUUGCGCCGUAUGAAAUUUUUCGUAUUGAUAAGCACGAAGGAUCAACUGCAACUCCUGUUUCUUAUGAAACAAAUGUUGCAGACUUGACUCAAGAUAAAUGCGAUAAGCAUCCAGGAGAGAGUAGUUCCUUUUCCCUUCCUCAAGCUGCCUUUGAACUUUUCUCCAGCAUUAAAGCCGACGUAUUUCAAAAACUUGGCUUGACAUCGUUUUAUGGAGCUGUUUCCACAGUCCCUACAUUUGAAGAGGGAAAUGAGCACAAUUUUCUCGACAAAAAAGAUUUGGAAACUUGUAACCCUGACACUAAUUCACUUCCAGUGAGUUCGUUGCAGUCUAAUGAAGACUCGACGCCACAUCGUGAAGUUUUUACUAGGAUUCAUGAGAUGAUUGAUGUCUCGGUUUCUUUAAACAGCAACUGUUCAGAUCAGUUGAAACAGUUCGACGUAAUCGAUACUUGCUCAGACCACCACUUUUUCAACGAGGGAAAAGGGUUGCCAUUAUCUCAGGUUAAGAAAGAUUGGGCGAAAAAGGUGCAGCAAGAAUGGAGCAUCCUCGAGAAAAAUCUUCCCGAAACUAUUUACGUCCGUGUUUUCGAAGAAAGAAUGGAUCUCAUGCGAGCAGUCAUUGUUGGUGCGCCAGGGACACCUUAUCACGACGGCUUGUUUUUUUUCGAUGUAUGUUUCCCUCCUGAAUAUCCCAGCGAACCACCGAUGGUACACUACAUUUCUGGCGGGUUACGAGUAAAUCCUAAUCUGUACGAGUCAGGGAAAGUGUGUUUAAGUCUCCUAAACACAUGGAGCGGUGCCGCGACCGAAGUCUGGAACCCCGGAUCUUCCACGGUUCUUCAAGUCCUUCUCUCUUUGCAAGCUCUCGUCCUCAACGAGAAGCCUUAUUUCAACGAGGCUGGAUACGACCAACAAAUCGGCCGAGCCGAAGGAGAGAAAAACUCGGUCAGCUACAACGAGAACGCUUUCCUCCUCACCUCCAAAUCCAUGUUGUAUCUAUUAAGAAACCCGCCAAAGCAUUUCGAGGCAUUGGUGGAAGAACACUUUCGACAACGCGCCGAACAUAUACUUAAUGCUUGUAAGGCAUGUCUUGAAGGAGGUUCUAUUGGAGGUGAAAAGAGUGAGCAUGAAAACCAGAAGGGAACUUCUGCAGGGUUUAAGAUUAUGCUUGCUAAACUCUUUCCUAAGCUUGUAGAAGCAUUUUCUGGUAAGGGAAUUGAUUGCUCCAAGUUUGUUGACAUGCAGAAGUAAAAGAUCAAAAAAGUUAAGUUAGUUUUAUGUGUAAUAUAAAUAUUAAUUUGUUUUCAUGUGUUUGUGUAAUAUAAUAUCAAGUUAUGCUUGAAGAAUGAAAUUGUACUAAGAAUAAGAAACCCUUGUGGUAUGUGUGUGUAUCAUAUGGCUUGCAUAUGUGAAAAUAUAUGAUAAGAAUAAAAACAGUUUAUUAUGUGUAUUUCAACUAUACAGCAUAAUAUAUCUUAAUGUAGAUUUGAA